UAAGGGGUUUCUGUGUUGGGUGAGACUCUUUAACACAUUUUGGUUUGGAAGCUGGAGUUUCCCUUUAAUAAUAAGCAGUGACAGGCAGUUCAGCACAGGUUUCCCUAAGUGUCAAUAGUAGAAAAUCCCAUAGUCAUCCUAAAUCUCAGAGAGAGCAAGAGAGAGGUUUGGCUGCAGCUGUUUGCUGACAGGGUUAAUAGCCCAGGAAAGUUUUCUUUGCUCUCUGGUUGCUGAAUAACAGGGGACUUUGGUAAUGACCUUGUCCCUGUGUUUUAAGCAUGGAUUCUGCUGUGCUGAGAGCGGAGCUGAACUGUUCCAUUUGCCUGGCCAUUUAUACCGACCCUGUAAUGCUGAGAUGUGGCCAUAACUUCUGCCAGGCAUGUAUAGGGAAUGUGCUGGCCAGCCAAGAGGAGUAUGGAGUUUAUUCCUGCCCUGAAUGCCGGGAAGAGUUCCUGGAGCGGCCGGCCCUGCACAGAAACCUGAAGCUGAGCAGUAUAGCUGAGUGUGUCCUGGCAGCUCAUGUGGAGCAGAAGGAGACUGAGAUAUUGGGCACUUACUGCGAGCCAGCCAUACCCGCAGCUAAAACCUGCCUCCACUGCAAUGCCUCCUUGUGCCAAAGCCAUUUACAGAAACACAGCCACUCCAAGGAACACAUCUUAUCGGAACCCACCCACAGAAGAUGCUCUGUUCAUAAUGAAAUCCUAAUGUAUUACUGCUGCAACGACAAUGUCUGUAUCUGUGCGUCUUGCGGCUUGUUUGGCGACCACAGGGGGCACCAGGUGGAACCACUGAACAAGGCCUCCGAGAAGAAGAAGCAGAGGCUCAAUACAAUCAUGGAUCAGCUGGUAUCUAAGAAGGAAAAUACAGAUAAACAAAUCCAGGUGCUGCUGGGUCACAUGAGAGACAUCCAAGAAAAGCUUUCGGGUUUACAUGGGAGGGUGAUCGAGCUGUUUAAGGACAUUGAGAAAUUGUUGGGGGCUCUAGAACAUAAAGUUCUAGGUGAAAUCACCAGGCAAGAAGAACAGGGGCUGCGCCAUAUCUCCGAACUUGUACAGCGCCUGGAGCUAAAGAAAGAUGAGAUCUCCAAGAAGAUUCUUUACAUUGAGGCAAUGCAUGAUACCACAGACCCUUUAAGGACCCCAUGGGAAGCUUUUGAGGAGGGGGACAUGCUUCCCAGGGACAAUGAUAUAAAUCCUGUCAGUUGCCUAGAUGAGGCAUCCAUCUCACUGAUGUUAGACAAAGGCUUUAGAAACUUUACUGACCAAGUCCUUGACCUCAGGGCAAAAAGGCAGCUUCCAGUGCUGCAGCUUCCAGAUUUACUACUGGAUGUAACAACAGCAAAUAAUUACAUUGUGAUAUCGGACGACAUGAAAUCGGCCUCUUUUACAUCUAAAGAUCUGAGGCGGCCGGACGGCCCAGAGAGGUUCCUAUCAUGUCAGGUGUUGAGCACCGAUGGGUUUGCCUCGGGCCAGCACUACUGGGAAGUGGAUGUGAGUAAAGCCAAAGUAUGGAAUAUAGGGGUGGCCUAUCCUAGCAUAGAGAGGAAAAUAGACGGGCCGGAGUCGUACAUUGGCUUCAAUAAGAAGUCCUGGAGUCUGGCUUUCCAAAACACACUGGGUGCCCUUCACAACAAGAUAGGACAAAAGAUAACUGAUUACCCUCCUUUGCAGACAUUGGGGAUUUUCCUGAAUUACGAGGCCGGGCAGCUGUCCUUUUAUGAGGAGUCUGACACCAAGAGGCAUUUGCACACCUUCACUGCCACCUUUACUGAGCCCCUCCAUGCUGCUUUCUUUAUACCCGAAAAUAGCAACAUCACCGUGCGGGGUGGCAAGGGUGCUUAUAACACAUAAUACACUGUUUCCAUACAAGAUGUAUUUGGUAGUUACAUGCUACCUGCUGAUUGGUUUCUAUGGGUUAGUAGACCUUGCACAAAUUUGGUAUUUUUCUUACAUUACCCAAGUGCCUGUGAUCUUU